AUGAAUACAGACGUGGAGUUUUGGGAAUUCCGCAAGCUGCAUGACAAAAACGACACCCUGCUGGACAAAGUCGAAAAACAGUGUUUUCGAUACGCCCUGCCCAAUUUGCCGCUGUGGGGGCCCCUGGCGCCCGCGCACGACUGCACAACGCUGCGCGCGCUCAUGGGCUUUGCCCAGUCCUACGUCGGCGCCGCGCUGAUUAUGCGCAUCCCCCGGCUCAGAGGCCUGCCUGCUUUCCGUCGCUACUCGUCCUCGCUCGCCCGCAUAGUGCUCGGGUCCGCCUUCUUUCUGGGCGGCUCGCACGAGCUCAGCUAUGCGUGGAGGCCAUACGAAAACCCGCUUUAUGUGGAAACCUGUCUUGCAAGAGACAAGGCCAUGCAGGAUGGCGAGGAGAGCACGUACUGGCUGGGCCCGAAAAACUACAUGCCCAUGACCAUCUCGCAAUACGUGGACCUGCUCUGGAUGCAGUAUCUGACGCGUGCUGACGUCGAGAAGGUGAUGCGGUCCAAAAUCAUGGCCAAGUUCAACCAGUAUCACGAGAAAUAUGCCGAGUCGCUCAGAGACACGGCCACGCUGGGCUCGCGUGUGCAGCGGGUGAUCGACCAGCCGGCACCUAAACACGCCAUCAGCAAGGAGGAGGUCAGCUCGAUCAUUGGUGCGUUCCACACGGACGAGGACCUCACGGACCCAGACGUGGUGGAAAAAUUCUGGUUCGAAAACCACCCCUGGAUCAAGCUUCAGGUGCUCACCAAUACCAUGUACCUGGCGUCGAACAUUCCGCGCGUGGCGCGGCCGGCCGAACAGCCAGAACAGCCCGAUGGAUCAAAAGACGCAAAACUACUCUCUGAAAAUAACGAAUAA